AUGUUGUAUAUCGUUCUGACGGUUAUUGUCGUCCUUCUCGGAAUGUGGAAAUUCCGCUGUAACCCGAAUAUCACUCCGUACGAACUAGACUUCAACUCACCAGUCCUUACAAUUGGAAAACAAGUAAAGCGAUAUAUUCCUAAAUGUUCUGUUAUUUUGAAAAUUUGGCUUCCUAUCUGCAUUCUAGUACCUGUGAAAACAAUCCGAGGCCAGAUCACUAUUCUUGGACUGUGGAUCACCAUGUGGAUAAACGAUUAUCACUACCCACCAACACCCCCUUUCGAAACUUCCACCGAAUUUUCCCUCAGUAUGUUACGAAAUCUCUGGCAUGAGGCCAUGCACAUAACUUUUGUGCUAGCCCUGUGGAUGGAAGAACCAACCGAGUACACUAUUGAUGCCUUUAUUGUAAUGACAUUUGGAUUGGGAUUGUUCAUCGGAGGUUUUGUUGCAAAAACCGAUUUCGAUGAGCAAAAUCAUAUUUCAAACAUUCUGUUGACGGAUCGCCUCUUCCAAAGAAAUACAGAUAUGACACUAAACCAAAAAGUUCUCUGCACUCCUCAUCGGGCUUGUAUCAUCCAGCACAUAGGGUUAGCAUUUUUGAGUGGAAACAAAGUUUUCUACUGUUAUUCAUGCGUCAUUUCCGUAAUUCUGACAAUUCGUGCAAUCAGGAUUCACAAGAAUAUGACUGAAGUAGUUCCAAAUGCGGUCGGCGGACGAAGCGCGUUGCUAGAGGAAUUCAGUGAUGCUCGCAUCCAUCAAGGUCGUGUUGUCGUCAAUUAA